UCAGUCGGACCUUAGCCGCGGCUAUCCGAGUUCAGGUACCGCAGUGGUGCGACCUCCAUGCGGCGGUCUAGCUUAUGGCAUUGGCACACCAAUACAUUUUAUGGCCCGAGCUGGAGUUCCACCUCCUGGCAUUGGCCAGCAUGAUUUGUGUCAUUUCUGUCAAGGUCGUGGUAUCCGGGAAUGUUCUCACUGUAAGGGACAUGGCAAGAAGCCUUGUUCAGCAUGUGGUGGAAGUGGUAGCAUGCGAACGUAUAUCAAACUCCGUGUACAGUUUGCGGUUGAACGUAGCGAUUAUUAUGGCCAGUGCGAUAUACCAGAGAAAUUGUUAUCGAAAGUUGGAGGGCAGGUUAUCUUAAGCGAAUGCCAACCUUACGUUCUACCAUUGAAGAAGUAUCCAGUCCAAGAAAUUAAUGAAGUGAGUCGACAAAUGUGUGCAGCGCACUUCGAAAAAUGCAUCGGUCGAUGUCGCAUUAUCAAACAGCGGCACUGUCUGGAAGCAGUACCGGUCGCAAAAGUGCAUUAUUGUCUCGGAUCGCGUGAAGGUACGUUCUGGAUCUAUGGUGUUGAGCACUACUGCUACGUGCCGCAUUAUCCAUCGAAGUGCACUCUUUUAUGA